GUCCCCCAGGACCCCCUGGUGGACUUAAAGUAGAAGACAUUAAAAAUACAUCUGUAAUUCUGACAUGGAAUCGUGGGAUAGAAAAUCAUAGUCCUAUAUCAAAUUAUACUAUUCAGUCAAGGACCUUUCUGUCUGAGUAUUGGAAAGACAUGAAAACAGAUCCUUCCAUUGUUGAUGGAAAUGCGGAAUCAGCAAAAGUUAUUGAUUUAAUUCCAUGGAUGGAAUAUGAAUUUCGUAUAAUGGCCACUAAUAUUUUAGGGACAGGAGAUCCUAGUAUACCAUCACAGAAAAUUAGAACAGAAGGAUCUCCUCCAAAUGUGGCCCCUUCUGAGGUUGGAGGAGGAGGUGGAAGCAAUAGAGAACUGACAAUAACAUGGGUGCCUUUGCCAAAACAAUAUCAUUUUGGUAAUAAUUUUGGAUAUGUUGUCGCUUUCAAGUCCUUUGAUCAAAAUGAUUGGAAAAGUGUUAUAGUUCCUCAACCUGAAAUUGGUCGGUAUGUCCAUAAGGAUGAAUCAAUGCUUCCUUCAUCAAAGUAUCAAGUAAAGGUGAAAGCAUUUAAUAACAAAGGGGAAGGACCUUUUAGUCUUACUGCUAUUAUCUAUUCGGCAGAAGAUGCUCCUACUGAAAGGCCUAGAAAUGUGAAAAUAAAAGUUCUGUCAUCCACGGAAGUAUCUGUUUCCUGGGAGCACAUUUUCAAUCCAGCUGUUACUGGGUAUGAGAUCAGUUACUGGUCCAGCAGUGAAAAAGAAAUAGCUGCAAGUAGAGUGCAAGUGAGCAGUCAGAAUUUUUCAGUUAUGUUAGAAAACCUGAAACCUUAUACAAAAUAUUAUGCAAAAGUGGCAGCUUUCAAUGCAGCUGGCAUUGGACCGUACACUUAUCCUUUGGACUUUGUUACAGAAAAAGCACCUCCAAGGCAGCAACCAAGAAUUAUUAAUGCUGUAAGGUCCGGUUCAAAGUACAUCAUCACAUGGGAGCAUGUUAAGUCACAGUCCAAUGAAUCUACUGUGAAAGGAUAUAAAGUGCUCUAUAGACCAGAUGGUCAAUUUAAUGGUACACUCUUUAAGACCGGUAAUCACUAUAUAGAAGUUCCUGCACCAGUUAAAGGUCAGUACAUUGUUGAAGUUCGGGUCCACAGUGAAGGGGGAGAUGGAGAAAUAGCUCACGUAAAAAUUCCAGGAGCUGCUGCUGGAAUAUUACCUAGCUGUCUUGGUUUAUUGUUGCCUGCCCUUGGUAUCCUUAUCUUUUUGAAAUUCUGAAUGUACCUGAACAUGUCUUCAGUUUAGUGCAAAGGACUGAACCUAAAAGAAAUUCUUCUUUUUUUCAAUUUCUUGAGGCAUUGUCCUAAGCCAAUUAUAAUUCCAAGUAAAUUAUCUUCCUGAUUUAACUAUGGAACUUCAAGGACUGAGACACCCAGAAACUCCUUCAUCAAGCAACUCAAGUUUUAAAAGUUUGAGGAAUACUUUUUAAUAUGUUCAAUUAUGCCUUAUGAAACACUUCUGCUGAUCUGCAACAGUUGCAUGAUUCAGUCCAAUGGGGCAAGUUACAGUGUAGUGUUAAAUCUAAUAAUGUAAGCUGUAUA